CAGCUUCUUUUUCGGGCAUAUGGCAAGCCUUAACAAAGCCAUGGAGGACCACAAAGCGACACAUGAUCUCUUCUUACAAUGGGCAGAGGAGUACGGGCCGCUUUUUCGAAUAAAUAUUUUGCACUACGUGGCGAUCUGGCCUACGGAUCCUGAAUCUGUGAAGAAGUACAUGAUGUCACCAGAUUACCCCAAAGACCCAAACACCUACGAACGUCUAUUUAAUCUGUUCGGUAAGAGGUUCUGGGGGAAAGGGCUGCUGACCGAUCCAGACCACCAGCACUGGUAUAAACAGCGGCGCAUCAUGGACCCUGCAUUCAGCCACACGUAUCUAAUGCAGAUGGUGGGAGUGUUUAAUGAAAAGGCUGAGGAGCUGAUGGGACAGUUGGAAGAGAAGGCGGAUGGGAAGCAGCACGUGAGCAUGCAUUCAUUGAUCAACCGCGUCACACUGGAUGUCAUCACCAAGGUGGCUUUCGGCAUGGAUCUCGGUUUGGUAGAGGGAAACAAGACCCCAUUUCCAGAAGCCAUUUCCACAGUUCUGAAGGGAAUGUUAAAAUAUAUCCAGAACCCAUUCAUGCAGUUCAUGCCCCAGCACUGGGCAUUCGUUAAGGAAGUUCAGAAGAGUGCUGAUCUGCUGCGGAAGACUGGGCAGGAAUGCAUCAUGCAGAGGAAACUAGCCAUGCUGAAUGGAGAAGAGCUACCAAAGGAUAUCCUCACCAAAAUCCUACAAGUUGCUGAGAAGGAGGAUGGCCUGGACGAUGACAUCAUGCUGGACAAUUUCAUCACAUUCUUCAUUGCCGGCCAAGAGACCACGGCCAACCAGCUGUCCUUCACUGUGAUGGAGCUGACCCGACAACCAGAGAUAACACAGAGGCUGCGGGAGGAAAUAGAUGACAUCAUCGGCUUUAAAACGUGAAAUCAGCUUUGAAGACAUCUCAAACCUCAGCUACAUGGCACAGGUUCUGAAAGAGUCUCUGCGUCUUUACCCGCCGGCUCCAGGAACAUCCCGUUAUCUAAAAAAUGAUGAAGAGAUUGCUGGAAUCCACAUCCCGGGUGGAGUGCCAAUAGUUUUCAACACGUACAUCAUGGGUCGGAUGGAAAAAUUCUUCCCAGAUCCCUUUAAGUUUGACCCGGAAAGAUUCCAUCCUUCUGCUGCAAAGCCAUACUACUGUUACUUCCCCUUUGCGCUGGGUCCGCGCGCUCCUGUCUGGGCCAGGUGUUUUCUCAGGUACGUCAA